GGGCCCGGCCACCGGCUCCCAGCAGCCCAGCGUGGAAACCCUGGAAAGUCCUACAGGAUCACAUGUUGAAUGGUGUAAACAGCUUAUAGCUGCUACAAUUUCUAGUCAGAUUUCAGGGUCAGUGACAUCAGAAAAUGUAUCCAGAGAUUACAAGGCUCUAAGGGAUGGAAAUAAGCUGGCACAGAUGGAAGAAGCACCACUUUUUCCAGGAGAAUCAAUCAAGGCCAUUGUGAAAGAUGUCAUGUAUAUCUGCCCAUUUAUGGGAGCUGUGAAUGGAACGCUGACAGUGACAGACUUUAAGAUGUACUUCAAAAAUGUAGAGAGGGACCCACAUUUCAUUCUGGAUGUUCCCUUGGGAGUGAUCAGCAGAGUUGAGAAGAUUGGAGCGCAGAGCCAUGGGGACAAUUCUUGUGGUAUAGAGAUAGUGUGCAAGGAUAUGAGAAACUUGCGACUUGCUUAUAAACAAGAACAGAGUAAACUGGGACUAUUUGAAAACCUCAACAAACAUGCAUUUCCUCUUUCCAAUGGGCAGACACUCUUUGCAUUCAACUAUAAAGAAAAAUUUCCAAUUAAUGGGUGGAAAGUUUAUGAUCCAGUAGCUGAAUAUAAGAGACAGGGCUUGCCAAAUGAAAGUUGGAAAAUAUCCAAGGUAAACAGCAAUUAUGAGCUCUGUGACACUUACCCUGCCAUCAUUGUCAUGCCAACUAAUGUAAAAGAUGAUGACCUAGCAAAAGUGGCAGCCUUUCGAGCAAAAGGCAGAGUCCCUGUAUUGUCAUGGAUUCAUCCAGAAAGUCAGGCAACAAUCACUCGGUGCAGCCAACCACUUGUGGGUCCCAGUGAUAAACGCUGCAAAGAAGAUGAAAAAUAUUUGCAGACAAUAAUGGAUGCUAAUGCACAGUCUCACAAACUUAUCAUCUUUGAUGCCAGACAAAACAGUGUCGCCGACACCAACAAGGCAAAGGGUGGAGGAUAUGAAAGUGAAAGUGCUUACCCAAAUGCGGAACUUGUGUUCUUAGAGAUCCACAACAUUCAUGUGAUGAGAGAGUCACUACGUAAAUUAAAAGAGAUAGUGUACCCUUCGAUUGAUGAGACACGGUGGCUAUCCAACGUGGAUGGGACGCAUUGGCUGGAGUAUAUAAGGAUGCUUCUUGCCGGGGCAGUGAGAAUUGCUGAUAAAAUAGAAUCUGGGAAAACCUCAGUGGUGGUACAUUGCAGCGACGGUUGGGACCGAACAGCCCAGCUUACAUCUCUGGCUAUGCUGAUGUUGGAUAGUUAUUACCGCACCAUUAAAGGAUUUGAGACUCUCAUAGAAAAGGAAUGGAUAAGUUUUGGACAUAGAUUUGCACUGCGAGUGGGCCAUGGCAAUGACAAUCAUGCAGAUGCUGACCGGUCACCAAUAUUUCUUCAGUUUAUUGAUUGUGUUUGGCAAAUGACGAGACAGUUUCCUUCAGCAUUUGAAUUUAAUGAGCUAUUCUUGAUUACAAUCUUGGAUCACCUUUAUAGCUGUCUCUUUGGGACUUUCUUGUGCAACUGUGAACAGCAGCGAUUCAAAGAGGAUGUACAUACAAAGACUAUAUCCUUAUGGUCUUGUAUCAAUAGCCAGCUUGAUGAAUUUUCUAAUCCCUUCUUUGUGAAUUAUGAAAACCAUGUCUUAUAUCCUGUUGCUAGUCUGAGUCAUUUGGAAUUAUGGGUAAACUAUUAUGUGCGAUGGAAUCCACGAAUGAGGCCUCAGAUGCCGAUUCACCAAAAUCACAAGGAGCUGCUGGCCAUCAGGGCGGAGCUGCAGAAGAGGGUGGAGGACCUGCAGCGGGAGGUGGCCACUCGAGCCUCAUCCCCAUCUGAGCGGGGCUCCUCACCUUCCCACUCAGUCACACCUGUCCAUACUUCAGUCUGAUGCUGCAAAGGUGGUGGUUCCAGUGAGUCCAGCCAUCAAGGCCAUCCUGUGGCUCACUGCUCUCCCCAGUGACUCAGGCAAGGGUCCUGCAACCUGUUCCGGCUGUAGAUUGUGAUCUUGUCUUUUAGGAUUAGGCCCGGUGCCCUCCACAUCUGGAUGGCACUUCCAGCCAGUGACCAUGUGUGUAGCUAAGUGACAGCUCCCACUGUCAUCUGCACUUUUUGUUUUCUGAACACUCCAUUUCCCUCCUGUUGGGUUUCUCAGGGUGGCUGUCUGUCCCGUUGACCCUGUGACCUGCACCCAAGCUGCUUGGGAGAAACUAUAGUGAAUGGAAUGCAAUGCUUAGGUUCAAGGUCUCAUACCAUUUCUUUCCUUCAUUAAAACAAAUGCCAUUCACUUAGAGACCACAUUGCCAGCCAUGGGGCUUCUUUCAGCUCCUUGCUACAAUUUGAACUGUUUUAAAAUUAACUAUUUUGGGGGAAAGAUAUACCAUUGCCCUGUCUUCUAGAGUUCUCUUCUUGCAAGGGGUCCCCUGUACCAAUUACUGUUGUGUACAUGUAAGGUAUUUUUUAAAAAGAGAAAUAUGCAUUUAUUUUCCUAUGCCCUUUUUAUGUUUAUACUAGUCACCCCAAGAGGUGUCUGCUAACUGGACUGUGUGAGAAAUUCUUCUCAAAAAAAGCUCAUGCUAACUUCUAUGUGGUACAUUUGAAAUGCAAUUUGAAUAUGAUCAUUUAAAUGGCAAUGUGUUGUAUCCUCACCUAACUUUGGUACUUGCCUCCUGAGGUGGCCUAGGCCAUUGAUGGAAAUAGCAGCCGUUUCCUUUGAGAUGGCUUUGCAGAGGGGAAACAGAGGACCCCCAGCCGCUCUACACAAGUGCUGGCCUCCCUGUGGGCUCCCUUACGGAGCUGUCCACAGCUCCUGGCCUGUCUGAUCUUGCAGCCUCCUGCUUCUUUACUGCUGCUGUUGUUUGUGUCAAAGUGAGUCCUCUCUCACCUGUUAUCUGCCUUUCUGAAGAUCCCGUUAAUUCAGUUUAUUCAUAUGACUUCAUGUUAGUAUUUUAAAGCAACCACUGACCUGUGGCUUCCGUUGCCAGAAGCACAGCACACACUUCCCUCGGUUUUCUCAUCUCAGAGCCAACCUUCUCUAGCCAGGCCUCUCCUCCCAGUUUUGUGUCUUCACUCACUGACUUUGGGCUCUGGGACUCUAUCAGUAUGGGUAGGAACUAAUUUACAAUCAGCUGGUCCAUCCACUAGCACUAAAGCUCUGAGCUCCUCUGUGUGGCAUGUCACAGAAUCUUGCACAUUUGCACCCUCCCUAGCAGGUCACAUCCUCUCCCUGCCCUUCCCAUUUCUGCCAGUCACUGGGACCCCCAUCAUUGCAGGAAUUAAGCUUGCCUUUGGAGUCAGAUGGCCUCAGAAGCUCAUAGGGCCAGACCUGAGUACAACUGCACUGGAAUAUCUAGUUUGUUUCAAGUUAGUGGAUGCCAUGAAAAGUCUUAUAUAUUGACCUUAUUUUUGAAAAUAUAUUCUUAAAAAAGAUUUUUUACAAAUAGAGAAUAGAUGCUUUUUCAACUUUGGAACUUUCUGAUUCUUACAGAAAAUUAUCUGGUACCCGUAAGGUAUCAGUAGUACUUCUUCAAAGUAAUUUGAUCCCCUGAAAUGAAUUCUCCAUUUUUAUCAGCUGGAGAUUUGUUUCUAAAUCAUAGUUCAACCGAUAUUAGCUUUUGAUUUAUGCUCCCAAUAUAUCUGAAAGCUUAUUUAUGAAUGGAUAAACUGGAUUAUUCAUCAAUACACUGAUUUUUUUCCU